UCAACCUUCUUCUUCUGGAGGGGCACCUUCAACCCAGCUUCGCGGUGCACGGGCAGCGGCUUCAUAAGUUGUAAAGAAACACUUCAAAUAUCACUACCCCUCUGCCACGAUGUCCUUUCUCAGUAUCAGCCGGCUAGCACCCAAAAUCCUCGCUUCCAAGAAUGCUGCUUACAUCCUUGUGGCUGCCAGAAAUGCCAGCGCAUCAACAACAAAUCUAAAGGAUGUUCUGGCUGACCUUAUCCCCAAAGAACAGAACAGGAUCAAGAACUUUAAACAGCAGUAUGGCAAAACAAACAUCGGCCAAAUCACUGUUGAUAUGGUUUACGGAGGGAUGAGAGGGAUGAAGGGCCUGGUGUACGAGACAUCUGUUUUAGAUCCAGAAGAGGGCAUUCGUUUCAGAGGCUACAGUAUCCCUGAGUGCCAGCAGCUGUUGCCCAAAGCUCCCGGAGGAGAGGAGCCGCUGCCUGAGGGCCUGUUCUGGCUCCUGGUGACAGGACAGGUGCCCACAGAGGAACAGGUGAACUGGGUGUCCAAAGAAUGGGCGAAGAGAGCAGCUCUUCCAUCUCACGUGGUCACAAUGUUGGACAAUUUCCCCACAAACCUCCACCCCAUGUCCCAGUUCAGCGCUGCCAUCACAGCUUUGAACAGCGAGAGCAGCUUCGCUCGGGCAUAUUCUGAAGGAGUGCACAAGUCCAAGUACUGGGAGUUUGUUUAUGAAGACUCUAUGGACUUGAUUGCUAAACUGCCCUGCAUCGCUGCUAAGAUCUACCGUAACUUGUACCGUGAAGGAAGCAGCAUCGGAGCCAUUGACUCAAACCUGGAUUGGUCCCAUAACUUCACCAACAUGCUGGGCUACAGUGACGCGCAGUUCACCGAGCUCAUGCGCCUCUACCUCACCAUCCACAGUGACCACGAGGGAGGAAACGUGAGCGCCCACACCAGUCACUUGGUUGGCAGCGCUCUAUCUGACCCCUACCUCUCCUUCAGUGCGGCUAUGAACGGGCUGGCUGGUCCUCUGCACGGGCUUGCUAAUCAGGAGGUGCUUGUGUGGCUCACAGCGCUUCAGAAGGAGCUUGGAGGAGAGGUGUCUGAUGAGAGGAUGAGGGAUUACAUCUGGAACACACUCAAGUCUGGAAGGGUGGUUCCUGGUUAUGGCCACGCUGUUCUGAGAAAGACAGACCCUCGUUACACCUGUCAGCGCGAGUUUGCACUGAAGCACCUGCCCAACGACCCCAUGUUCAAACUGGUGGCUCAGCUGUACAAGAUUGUCCCCAACGUUCUUCUGGAGCAGGGCAAAGCAAAGAACCCCUGGCCCAAUGUGGACGCUCACAGUGGAGUCCUGCUGCAGUACUAUGGCAUGACAGAGAUGAACUACUACACUGUGCUUUUCGGCGUGUCCCGAGCUCUGGGCGUGUUGUCUCAGCUGAUCUGGAGCAGGGCCCUGGGAUUCCCUCUGGAGCGCCCCAAAUCCAUGAGCACAGACGGACUCAUGAAUCUGGUGGGAGCCAAGUCGGGCUGAACCACCGCGGGAGGCCGGUAGGGGUCAGUGAAGGGUGGGAGGAACUGGAAAUUUCCCCAAAAAUGAAAAGCAGAUGUAGGAUUUCAACUUCAACUACUCCAGGUUUCAAAGAUGGUACACCUUUAAUGUCAUUUCACAUACAAAGGGCCUUUUCAUUUGAAGCAAAAUUGGGUUGCGUUAUUGUUAACCACUGACUAGUUUAAAGUUAUACCACUGUGUCUGCUAGCAUUAUUAGCAUCUUCAAACCUUUAUCUAAGAUUGUGCGUCAGCUGGUACCAUGUUGUGAGCUUUGAAAAGGCAUUUAAAGGGAAACAUGGGAGUUCAAUUACACUUCCAAUAUAUAUUGUUUUAAGAUGUGAUGUUAAACGUGAGACAAGCCUUUUCUGCUUUGGGCGAAUUAUACUUUGACUUCUUUGAAUGCUACAACCUGGAGCUAUUUACAUUUACAAAUCCAGUUUUAUUUUCUUUCUAUGCAAAGUUGUUAUCCCAGUAAAUCCACAUGCUUCACUCCCAUUGUAAAACACUCCAGUUUAAAACGAUUGGACUGCUCAAAACUAACAAACCAUUUUAAAAGACACUGCCCCUUUAAAUUUGUGGUCUUAUCAAGUCCUCUAUGAUCAAAAUGACUACACUAACAGUCAAAGGUUUGGACACAAUAUUGUUUUUAUUUUUAAUUUUCAUGACUAUUUACACUGUAGACCCUCACUGAAGGCAUCACAAAUUUAGUACACAAAAGUGUAUUUUUUAGAUCUUGGAUUCUUCAAAAUGGUCACCCGUUGCUUUGGUCUCUUGGUAUUCCAAUAAUGAGCCAGUGACAAGGCACUCAUGAAGUGAAAACCAUUUCAAGGGACUUCAUUGUAAAGCUCAUGAAGAGGGGUUUGCAGCGCUGUUGACAAGGUAAAGGGUGGUCAGUCUGAGGAAUCUAAAAUAUCAUAUUUAACAUAUAUUUAACUUUUUUUUUCUCUUGCUUCAUUACCUCACAUCUUUCCUCAUAUAUUUGAUGUCUUCAGUAUAUAUCUACAGUAUUAAAAGUACAGAGAAACGUGUCCCAACUUUUGACUGGUAGUUUUCUAAAUGUCUUUUUUUCCUCAUAUAAAACCCAUUAAAUCUUUACUUUUCUAAACGUUUGUUUUAAAAUGACUAUGAAUCAAUAAUGUACAGUACAUGUAGAUGCUAUAUUUAGGCUGAUUAGAUUGCAGCAGAUGGUUCAGUUAUUAAGAGCAAGUUUGAAUGGACACGUGAAUUGGGUACUAUUGUCCUAUUUGUAUUUUAGCUUGUUUUUCCCAACGAGAGAGCGCUUUCAACAUCGACUACUCCAAAACAAGCACUUGAUUGGAAUUUUACUAAUUAGUAGCUGUAGAAACCCCCAAGAUUGUAUCCCACCCUUGAGAUAUUUUGUUGAUGUUUGAUGAUGUUAGUUUUCUCAUUUCAUGGUCUUAUUUAUACAUUGUACAUAGGUAUAUACUUGUAUAUGUAUAGCUUGAAUGUAUUAACGUGCAUACCAUAUUCUAAUAAUGAUUAUCACAGUAGUUUGACAUCAUUUUCCUUUUACAUUGGUCACUUAUUGUACAAAAGAACAAAUUGAAAUCUGCAGCUAUGUUGUAAAUACACAAUCUUUGACUAGCUAGGUGCUAUUUCUCAGGAGUUUCACCCAGUUCAAACUUGCUCUCAACAGCCAAACAUCUGCUGUCCGUAGAUUAUCCAGCACUCCAUUUUGUCAAGUCAUCAAUCUGAAAUUAGUUUAAACCAAAGCUAAUGUUCUUAACCUUAUUUUUGGCUUUGUACGUGUGGUGUUCUGCAUUAUAGCUAACGUAUGAUUGUUUUGAUCGUAGAGGAGCAAUAAGCUUUGGUUCAUUGUAACAUAAAAUCACAUUGGGGAUGUGAUGUAGAUGGAUCAAACGGGCAAGAAAAGAAUAUUGGAAAACUUCACAAAACAUGAAAAAUAAAAGGUUUUAUUAACAA